GACAUUUACUGUCAUCACAAUGUAAGUAAAUUGCGAAUAUUGCGAUUGCGACACUAUCAUAUCAAUCUCGUAAAAGUAUAUUUAUUAUUACAUAUAUUACUCAUUACUUAAUUUUGCCCUCUUACAGUGACUUAAUACGAAAAUGUCCCUUGUAUAGUCAAUUCAAGCCUUUCAGAUAUGGAUUUCAGUUCGUUAAACCCUGUUACUUCGAAUGCAUUGAAUUUCGCAGCGAGGAGAAAUGAUUUCGCAACAGUGGAGAGGUUGCUUAGGAAGCUGAAUCCGAGUUGUAUAGACAAUAGGGGAUGGACGUGCUUGCACGAAGCGGCGGCGAGCGACAGCUAUGAAUCUCUGAUGCUUAUUUUGCAGCACCCAGACUGUCGUCCGUUAGCAGAGACUCACGAGGGUCACACCGCGCUCUACCUAGCCUGUAGAGAGACCGCCUCCUUGAAAACUAUCAAAGCUUUGCUAGAAAGCGCUGAAGACAUAGCCAACUAUGGCAGCACUGAGAGUGUGACCCCACUGCACAUAGCUAGCUCUCAAGGAAGAGUAGAUUUAAUACAAUUAUUGAUCGACCACGGCGCUAUUGUGAAUGUACAAGACUUCGACGGUGACACUCCAAUGCAUGAUGCCACAUUGCAAAUGAAACAUGAAGCCGUUGAUGUUCUAUUACACGCCGGAGGAGAUCCAGACAUCAAAAAUGAACCUCAUUACAUACCAUUCCAUUUAGCUUGUUACAAAGGCUGUUACGAUACUAUAAAGGUGCUGUAUCCUUUCGUAACAGAUAUUAAUCAGCAGUCGACGAACGGAGAUACUCCAUUGAUAUUAGCUGUCCAAGGGUACAAUGACGAUGUAGUACGGUUUUUACUAAAAAAUGGUGCAGAUCCACAUAUAAAGAAUGUGUUUGGUGAACUAGCCAUGAAUAUGGCCUUAUGUAUGGGCUACGAAUCAAUAUUCAAUAUAUUACUUGAAGUAACAGAUAUAGAUAAAAUGAGUAGAGAAAUCAUUCUGUUUGCAUGUAAACCACAUUACUUUAAACUUGAUAUUUUGGAAGCGUUAUUGAAGCAUGACAUAGGACCAGAGUUCUUUGACUUCCAUGAGGUAUUUCACAUAACUUUGGAAGAGGUUGGACCUUUUAAGCCUGCUUACCUAACAAAUGCUCCUCUGAAUUCAUACUUGAACAUAUGUGAAUACAUUUAUAAGAACCGUAGAGAGAAGUUCAGGGAUAUAUUCUAUUUAUUCCUGAUGCGAGGCGUGGCCGUAGAUGCGUUGGACGUAAAUGAAUGUCCACCACUUGUUUACAUGCAUUAUUGUGCCCAUAAUGCAUGUUUUGUUGAAGUCUUUGAAAUACUCUGCGAAUUUGACUGCAACGUUGACCAUUGCACGUCAGAGAUAUGUGAACAGGAGAGAUGCAUUCCGGACGCGUUUCUCGCAUCGCUCACAUCCAACCCUGUAACCACUUUAGUCAUGUUACCGUACAGUUUGUACCUAGAACCGGUGUAUUUGCUUCAUUUUGCAUAUGAACAUGGUGUUCUAUGCAGGAUAUCCCCACAAAUACAACAUCACAUCCUACUAUUAAUAGAUGCCAGCUACAUUAAAGCAGGCAUCACAGCCGACAAAAUUAAAUAUUCCGUGCUACCGUUGAAACAUUUGGCCAGAUGUGUAGUCCGGAAGGCUCUCCGGAACACAGGCCCGAGGAAAACUACAAAAGAAUAUCUGCGUGCCAUUAAUACACUCCCAAUUCCGCCUACUGUACGAAAUUAUCUACGAUAUAUGUAAAUGUUUAUUUGGUGGCGUUCUGUAUUGUUCGUCAACUAUGGUGUCUUUAAAUGUCAUCAUCAAAAAACGCCACUUCGAAGCAAUUCAUCUAAGAAAGUAAUAUUGCGCACUUACUUUUACAUGGGCAAAUAUCAAAUUGCAAUAUUGCUUUUUUGGAUGAAAAAAUCACGCACAUUUGUCAAAAAUUUGUACAGAUAAAAUAUUUGCUCCAAAGUAACGUUUCACUUUCGACUAUGUGCAUUGGCACUUUAAACUUAUAGUAUAAUUAAUCGCGCUGAGCUUAUUAUAAUAAAAAACAAUACAGGUGUUAGUGACAUCGUAACGAAAACUUCGAAAAUUCCACUUGAUAUUAACUCAGAAUCAUGAGCGGAAUCAUCCCCCUCAGUAUUCGUUACGAUGUCACUAACACCCUGUAUAUUUGAAAUUUCUUGUGAUAUGCCAUCAAACACCGAAUUAUUUUCUUAGUUGUAUUAUGUAUAUUGCUGUUCUGUUUAUUGUUGACUGAUUUCGUUUUAAGUUUUUGAAAUUAAAAACAAAGUUUUGUUAUAAAUGAUUUUAUAUUUAUAAUAAAAUCAGUAAAUCAACAACAUAUUUACAUGUGUAUAUAUUGUUUUUUUUUUGUUUACUGAAGAAGCCUUAAAAAUAUAAAGUCUACAUUAAGGCUUCUACAAAUAACUAGGAUAUUUUGCUCAAAUAUGUAUAAGAUAACAAACAAAAUAACAUUAAUAAAAAAUACAAGGUUCUGUCUUAUAAAUGAAGUUAAAAAUAUCAAUAUACUUUACAAUGCUGGUCGCAAUUAAAAAUAAAUUAAUGUUGCUUAUUAUUUUUUGUAAUUAGCACCAUUCGCCAUGUGUUCUUCUAUCUCCUUCACACUGUAAAAACAAAAGUAUCUUCAAUGGAUACAAUAAACAUAUUUCAGUAA